AUUUCCUGUUCCGUUCAUUGUGGGUAAUGGUGUGUCUUGAGUACCUACUUGCUUAAAUUUAGUUUGUACAAUUGUAAAACCCAUACGCAGAUAUCACAAAGACGUGCUUGUUCCGUGUUAAUGAUGGAAACUCCGUUGCGUGAAGCUUAGAACUGCGUGGGCUUGAACUUUGCGGUUUUGACGGGCGUUUGCUCCAUGGACGCCGGAGCGGCGCUUGGUGCUUUCACAACGUCUGAUAGCGGAAAGUGAAUACUCCCAUGUUAGCAAAAUUCACCAUAAAGCACUAAGGGCGUACAAGUUUCACAGGGACAGGUUGUGAGCAUGCUGCUCCCGCCGCGUGCCACGUAACGCUGGGCCGUAAUGCUCGCUCACCGAAGACCGAGAGGAAACACGGCGUUCAACAUGGGCAGCUGCUUCUCCACAGACAGGUUGGACAGUGCGGACGAUACGAAGCCCUCCGCCGCUGGAGAAGAGAGGAAGGGGCAGGGUAACGUGGAGAAGCAGCAGGAGGAUUCCGGUGCUCCAGAGAAACGUCGGAGAGCAGGAUUGGUGAGAGAUGUUGGCAUGGUGGAGACCUCUGCUGACAUAUUGGAUGAAGGUGACCACAUUCUGCCCCUAAACAAUGGAGCCAUAAGCUGCACGUCCCCUUCUACAGAGGCUGUGGAGAUUGAGGACCCUUCUACCAAAGCAGAGGACGUAGUCGUAGCAAACCAGCAGCAUCAUCUGCAGCACAGGCAAAUUGCCGAUAGACCCAAAGACCAAGCCUAUCUUGAGGCAGGCCGCUGUCCAGGCACCUUCCUAAACUCUAAGCUUCUUCAGGAUAAGUCCUCAUUCUGUAGCGAGUCCCAGGUGGAGACUCCUUGUGAAAGUGUCCCCAAGCUGGCCGACUCGGAGCAUAUCCAUGUAGCAGUCCCUGGGAAUGCGGGUCUUGGCGCCGACAUGCGUCAGGACCAGAGUCUGACCCUGACUGUCUGCGCCGAAAAGCCCAGAGAUCCGGCCAGCACAGGCAAGCAGGAGAAAUGCAAAUGCGGGUCAGCAGAGAGCCUUGGUGCCAAUGGCUCGGGUUCCACCAGCAGGCCUAAAGCCUCCAAGUUACAAGAGAAGACCACAGUUGGACAGAGUGAAACCAGUAAGAAGGAUAGGGCCACGAGUCCCCAGGAGGGGCUGACUGGGACAGGGAAGCCGGUGCUUCCAAAGGAGGUUACCCCAGGGCAGGAUGCUGGGAAGGACACAGCAAGAACAGAUAAGGGGGCUGCGCAGGACGACCUCGUCCAAUCCCAGGCUAAAGGCCCGAAGGACUCGGCCAAUCAGAGCCAUCCUGCGCUGGUGGAUGUAAAUAGAGAACCAAUGAAGGCAGAGGGUAGCAUUGCUCCAACUGAUGACGACAGUGGGGAAGUGGACCUGUACCGGGCGGCCGAGGAGAUCGAGGAGGAGCGUGACAGGCGGAGCAGGGCACGGGAGCAGCGUGGGUACCCUCCCUGGGUGGUGUCGUGGGCUGCUGACGGAACUGGUGACGCAGCCCCUACUGACCAAUGCAGCGUGGCACAGGAGGUGAACCUGUUGUACUACAGUGAGAGAGAAUGGAGGGGCAACACAGCCAAAAGCACCCUCAUCAGAAAGGGUUAUGAGGUCGUGGCCCAAAGUUUCCAAGGCCUUCGGCGAGUGAGGGGGGAUAAUUACUGUGCCCUGCGGGCCACACUCUUCCAGGUGCUGUGUCACCACCCACCCCCUGAUUGGCUCCAGCACAGAGACAUCACCCAGUGGCCGCUGGAGUUGCUGGGACAGGAGGAUUUGAUCAAACUUUGGAGGCUCCCCCUAGACCUUAAGGAACAGGGUGGGUUCGGCUCCACCACAGAGUGCCUGAAGUACUACCUGGACCUACUUAAAAAAAAGUGGCAGCAGGCAGUGCAGUCAUGCAACGCCCUCGCGAGGCAGCAGACGUGCGAGCAGGUGUUCCAGGGCGGCAAGCUGGAGUACGGGCUCCUGGAGGCGGUCAAGCUCCUCAUGCUGUGCACGGCUGUGGAGCUGUACAGCUGCAUGCACAGGGGCGACCCCGUGCCCGACUUCAGCUGGCUCCUGUUCGCCCGCGACUCCUCCAGCUGUCCACGGGCGUUCCUCACCAACCAUCUCAGCCUAGUGGGCUUCAGCGGCGGCCUUGAGCAGGUAGAGAUGUUUCUCCUGGGCUACACCUUGAAGAGCACGAUCAGGGUAUAUCGUCUGUACAAGGCACAAACGGAGGAGUUCAUCACCUACUAUCCCGAUGACCACAAAGAUGACUGGCUGCACGUGUCUCUCGUCACUGAAGAUGACCGUCACUACAACAUUCCUGUGGCCUUGCUGGACGGCGCCAACUCUCAGGAGCCCCAUGGCACCACCUGCACUUCUCCAAAGAAGCUUUCCCUGUGAAUGGCUCACUAGUGAUGGCCACCAGACCUGCAGAGGAGGUGGACACUCAAGCAAUUACUGACUCGUGUCAGUAAGCAGCAAGACUACUUUGUGACUCUUGUGAUAUUUGGAAUAAUGAGGAAGAAUUGGUUAGCAAAUCUUUGUUUGGGAUGAAGAAUGCUGCAGAUGGGCUCUUCAGCUUCACCUCGGCCACACCUUCACCUUGGCUCCCUGUGUUUUUCAGCAGGGUAGGACAUCCUGGCAGCCUGAUUACUAAUGCUGUAUCCUGUGGUUCCUGGAACUGCUGGAGCAUUUUUUUUGACUGGUCUUAAAAAAUAAAACCAGCCUACAGGGAUUCUCUUAUGAAAAGCUCUUGUGGAUGCUUUUGUCCAAAGCAAUGGAGUGUAGGGAUGGUUAAUAUAUCCUGUGUGCAUUUGGGGUUAAGGGCCUUGAUCAGUGGGGAUAGAAGUAAAUACUUUGCCUGUAUAGAAUUAGAACCAGCAACCUUCCGCUCAUGGGCAUAGAACCCUAUAAUCCUCUGAGGUGCCUAGCAGCUCUUUGGUUUGUACUGGCCAAAAUUAGCAUUUCUAUACCAUCUGUUGUGAGGUUUGGGAUGACUGGACCGCCACAGGGAGCAGGCUUUGACUGCCUUAAGGCUCAUUUAUGCUUUAUGUAUGAAAAUAAAUGCGUCAGUUCCAUUUCCAUUAGUCCUUUAUGUUGGCACGCAUCCACUAGAGGGCGGGGCAGUCAGAAGUUUCUGACAAACAUGGUCGUAAUAAUGUACUCCUCAAAGAGGCAAAAGCGGAGGCAGUGUUGUAGAAGGUGGCUCAUAUGGGUGUUUAUGAUUUCACACCCUGAAAAAAUGAUUAUCUUGUGCACACGAUAUAUUAUCAUAAGCGCACAAGAAAUUAGCCAGACUUCAAAGCAAUGGCUACCAACCUUACACCUGAAGAUCUACCUUUAUUCGUUAGUGCAAUAAAUGACCACUUAAUGUGCACUGUACCACAAGGAACUGCUUAAAGCACGAUAUCCUUGGCAUGUCAUUUAAAUUUAGAGUUAUUAGCCUGUUGAUUUAUUCCAAUGCAUGGAAAGACAUACCAGUAAACUGAAUAUCCAAUUGGCGUGUAUUUCCCCCCCAGUAAACUUGAUGUCUCUGUCUCA